GAAGAGAGCUGAAUCUGAUUCUAGGAAGAGCAGCAUACCUAAUAGCAAGGAGGUCCCCUCUCACCAUCCCACAGACCCAGUGGAGCUGCGACGCCUUAAUUUUCAAACUCCAGGUAUGGCCAGUCAUCCCCCAAUACCUAUCUUGGAACUUGCAGAUCAUAUUGAGAGAUUGAAAGCAAAUGACAAUUUGAAGUUCUCACAGGAGUAUGAGUCUAUCGAUCCUGGUCAGCAGUUCACAUGGGAACACUCUAACCUGGAAGUAAACAAACCAAAGAAUAGAUACGCGAAUGUAAUUGCAUAUGACCAUUCUCGUGUUCUACUCUCAGCAAUAGAAGGAAUACCAGGCAGUGACUAUAUCAAUGCCAACUACAUAGAUGGGUACAGAAAGCAGAAUGCUUAUAUAGCAACACAAGGAGCAUUGCCGGAAACCUUUGGUGACUUCUGGAGAAUGAUGUGGGAGCAACGAGGUGCAACUGUUGUCAUGAUGACAAAGCUAGAGGAGAGGUCCAGGGUGAAGUGUGAUCAGUACUGGCCAAGCAGAGGCACAGAAACUUAUGGACUAAUCCAAGUGACCCUUUUAGACACUGUUGAAUUGGCGACAUACUGUGUUCGUACUUUUGCACUUUACAAGAAUGGUUCAAGUGAGAAAAGGGAAGUGAGACAAUUCCAAUUCACUGCUUGGCCUGACCAUGGUGUCCCAGAACACCCAACACCAUUCUUAGCUUUCCUGCGACGAGUCAAGACCUGCAACCCACCUGAUGCUGGGCCUAUGGUUGUACAUUGCAGUGCUGGAGUCGGCAGGACUGGCUGUUUCAUUGUGAUAGAUGCCAUGUUGGAGAGAAUAAAGCAUGAAAAGACUGUAGAUAUUUAUGGCCACGUAACUCUAAUGAGAGCGCAGAGGAAUUACAUGGUUCAAACUGAGGACCAAUACAUCUUUAUCCAUGAUGCACUGCUGGAAGCAGUGACAUGUGGAAAUACGGAAGUGCCAGCCAGAAACCUGUAUGCAUAUAUCCAGAAGCUGACACAGAUAGAAACAGGCGAGAAUGUCACAGGAAUGGAGCUGGAAUUUAAGCGUCUUGCUAGCUCUAAAGCUCACACUUCAAGAUUCAUCAGUGCCAAUCUUCCAUGUAAUAAAUUCAAAAAUCGCCUUGUCAAUAUAAUGCCAUAUGAAUCUACAAGAGUAUGCUUGCAGCCAAUCCGAGGAGUAGAAGGCUCUGAUUAUAUUAAUGCCAGUUUCAUUGAUGGAUACAGACAACAAAAAGCUUAUAUAGCUACACAGGGUCCUUUAGCAGAAACAACUGAAGACUUCUGGAGAAUGCUCUGGGAGCAUAAUUCUACAAUUGUGGUCAUGCUAACUAAGCUAAGAGAAAUGGGCAGAGAGAAAUGCCACCAGUACUGGCCUGCAGAGCGCUCAGCCAGGUAUCAGUAUUUUGUGGUAGAUCCAAUGGCAGAGUACAACAUGCCACAGUAUAUUCUGAGGGAAUUCAAGGUUACAGAUGCAAGGGAUGGCCAGUCCCGAACAGUGAGGCAGUUCCAGUUCACUGACUGGCCAGAACAAGGAGUGCCAAAGUCUGGAGAGGGAUUCAUUGACUUCAUAGGCCAAGUGCAUAAAACAAAAGAGCAGUUUGGUCAGGAUGGACCAAUUUCUGUUCAUUGCAGUGCGGGUGUUGGGAGGACUGGAGUAUUCAUAACCCUGAGCAUUGUGUUAGAAAGAAUGAGAUAUGAAGGUGUUGUAGAUAUCUUCCAGACUGUCAAAAUGUUAAGGACGCAGAGGCCAGCCAUGGUACAGACAGAGGAUCAAUACCAGUUCUGCUAUCGAGCCGCACUGGAGUAUCUGGGCAGCUUUGAUCACUAUGCAACAUAAAAACCCAUCAUGGAUUUUUAUUGCAGGCCCUUCAAGAUCCAGAGAGCCGCUUCUGAGCCAUAUGAUGUGCUUUAGAAGUACUUCUUAACUCUUAGCUAAGGAGCGAUUAUUGGGGAUAUAUAAAAUAAAAAUUAAAAAAAA